UAAUAAUCUACCUGAUUUCUCCAGUAUCGAGCGUAUUUUACAAUUAUUUUGAGAAAGCAACAACAGAGAAUAUUGCAUACCAGAAUAUCAUUCACACGGAAAAGAAUGGUUAGUCUAGUAGCCAUAAUCUUACUUGUAAUUCCUGCACAAGGAUUAGAGAUCAAUAUGUUCAGGUUUGACAAGCCAGACUCUUGCAGUCAGAACUCAAGCUAUAACUCUGUCAUGCUUUCUUGUGUGGUUUGUCCACCAGGAUCAAGAAGAGUAUCUGUAGAGAAUAAUUUUUACACAAAUGGGGAGUGUAGAUGCAUGCCUGGUUAUUUUACAACACAGGAUACUGGCUAUUACAUGGGGGAUAGCAGAGAUCGACAGGGUGGCUUGGGUCUACAGUGCUCUAAAUGCAAACAUGGAUUUGUUAGCUCAGAAGAUGGGAGGAUGUGCCUUGAAUGUGAAAAUGGAGUAGAUCCAGGUAUAAAAAUGGAGUAGAUCCAGGUAUAAAAAUGGAGUAGAUCCAGGUAUAAAA